AUGACUAGUGGUAGUGGUGGGGAUGCUGAUGACAUGAGGCGGCGAAUUGCCGAAGAGUUGCGGGCCUAUACGUCCGCGGAGACAAAUCGGUUGAUACAAGCUUACUUGCAGCAGCAACAGCAGUCGGCGGUACCUCGCUCCAUCUUUCAUCGAGCUGUAGUAUCCCGGGACCACGUCACUGCCCACCAACGGUUGUUUGAUGACUACUUUGCUGAGCAGCCGCGGUUUGGGUAUAACUUUUCCCGGCAGCGUUUUAGGAUACACCGAGAUCUAUUUAUGAGUAUCGUGAACGCUUUAGAGCAUCGAUACAAGUAUUUCAGGUUCAGGGAGGAUGCGAGUGGUAGGCCCGGUCACUCGCCUAUACGGAAGUGCACUGCCAUAAUCAGGCAGUUGGCUUACGGAGGAGCGGCCGGCAUGUUCUACGAGUACCUCCACAUAGGCGAGACAACUGCCCGCGAUUGUGUGCAGCAUUUUUGUACGGGCAUCAUUCACAUAUUUGAGGAGAGGUAUCUUCAAAAGCCUACCCCUGAAGACUGCCAAGUUCUGAUGGAUAUACACGGGACGGUGCACAGGUUUCCCGACAUGUUGGGCAACAUAGAUUAUGCAGAACUGACUGAUUGGCCAAUGAAGAUGUUGCCGGUCCUAGCCACGGCGUGGCCACCGCCAAUGUACGAAUGGGGAUACCUAAUGGGGACGCCGAACGGGUCCGUGCAUUUGCCGAUUCUCGACAACAAGAAGCCCAUAUUCGACUCCAGAAAGAUAUAA